GGCCCGGUGCGGGGCCGUUUGCCACAGCGCGGGAGGCGGAGGCGGGAGGGGCGCGGUGGUACCGGCACCGCUACCCGGCACCGAGCGGGCCGAGCCGCCCCGGGGGAGGUUGCCUCCCUCCCCUCCUCCUUCCCUCCCAUGCACCGGGGUGCCGCCGGGUCCCGCGCGCUGAUUGGCUGAGGAGAAAAGGGAGACCUGCGUCAGACCGCUGGAGUGACGUCACAGGGGGUUUGUCAAGACUGAGCGGGGAGAAAAGUCACAAUGAAGAACCAAGGUGGGGAGACCAAAGCAGCCCCACAGCCUGCCAGCUCCUCCAAAAUGAGCAGUCUGGUGCUGGAGGAGGGUGACUCACCAGAGGCCACGGCACCCCUGGAAGCUCCUCUCCCACAGGAGGACACCAAGUCCUCCCGCCCUGCCGUGUGCGACGUCUCCGAAGAGCUCAGCAGGCAGCUUGAGGACAUCUUGAACACAUACUGUGUGGAUGCCAGUCAGGAGGGCCCGGGUGAGGAGGGCGGGCAGAGUGAGCCCACUGAGCCCGAAGAGGCUGAGAAGUGUGGGAGUGAGUCACCCAAAAACGGGGAGCAGGAGACAGGCAGCCCCGAGAUGAACGGGGAGAAGGAGAACACCAAGGGGACUGAAGAGUUUCGACCUGGUGAGGAGUGUGGGGAGAGGGACCAGAAGAAAGCUCAGGAAAAGAAGAAAGCCAAAGGCCUGGGCAAAGAAAUCACUUUGCUGAUGCAGACAUUGAACACCCUGAGCACACCAGAGGAAAAACUAGCAGCACUGUGCAAGAAAUACGCUGAGCUGCUGGAAGAGCAUCGUAACUCCCAGAAACAGAUGAAGAUCUUGCAGAAGAAGCAGACACAGCUGGUGCAAGAGAAGGAUCACCUGCAGAGUGAGCAUAGCAAAGCCAUCCUGGCCCGCAGCAAGCUGGAGAGUCUCUGCCGGGAGCUCCAGAGGCACAACCGAACCCUCAAGGAGGAAGGUGUCCAGCGUGCACGGGAGGAAGAAGAGAAGAGGAAGGAGGUGACAUCCCACUUCCAGGUGACACUGAAUGACAUCCAGCUCCAGAUGGAGCAGCACAACGAGAGGAAUGCCAAACUGCGCCAGGAGAACAUGGAGCUGGCAGAGAGGCUCAAGAAGCUCAUUGAGCAGUAUGAGCUGAGGGAGGAGCACAUUGAUAAGGUGUUCAAACACAAGGACUUGCAGCAGCAGCUGGUGGAUGCAAAGCUCCAGCAGGCACAGGAGAUGCUGAAGGAGGCAGAGGAGAGACACCAGAGGGAGAAAGACUUCCUGCUGAAGGAAGCUGUGGAAUCCCAGAGGAUGUGUGAGCUGAUGAAGCAGCAGGAGACCCAUCUCAAGCAGCAGCUGGCUCUCUACACCGAGAAGUUUGAAGAAUUCCAGAACACCCUUUCAAAAAGCAGUGAAGUGUUCACAACAUUUAAACAGGAGAUGGAGAAGAUGACUAAGAAGAUCAAGAAGCUGGAGAAAGAGACCACGAUGUACCGCUCUCGCUGGGAGAGCAGCAACAAAGCUCUCUUGGAGAUGGCUGAAGAGAAAACCCUUCGGGACAAAGAAUUAGAGGGGCUUCAGGUGAAAAUCCAGCGCUUGGAGAAACUGUGCCGAGCUCUGCAAACGGAGCGCAACGACCUCAACAAGAAAGUGCAGGACCUGUGUGCCCACACCCCCCGGGCAGAUCCCGACCUGCUGGAGCCUCUGAAGAACCCAUCCCAGGAGGGCUCCGAGGGGGCUGCAGGAGGUGCUGAGGAUUGCCUGCACUCAGGAAAGCCAACACACAGCACAGAUCCCAUGGAGAGCCCAGGAGAACUGAGCAGGGGAGCCCUGGGGCAGAGCGGGACUGAGGAGGGCUCAGGCUGCAGCUCCCCAGAACUGAGCGCAGCUCCUGGACCUGCCCCGGCCCCCGGACAGCCGGAUCCAGCAUCACCUCCAUCAUCGAAUGAAAGCAAACAAGCAGAGCAGGGAGAACAGAAAUGUUUCCCAGCACUGGAUUCUCCCUCCCUCCCUCCCUUUCCCUUGGGCAGGAGGAGGGAGCUCCAGGACUUGGCUGUUGUUUUUCCAUGCCCUGGCUGGUGGCUCCCUUAUGUGUGAGCCAAGCAAACCAGGGUCACCGAGACCAUUUCUCCUCUUCUGUGUGGGUUUUGUGUAUUGAGCGGAGACAAAAAAGCAGCAGAGGAACAGGGAGGUGCCCAGUUCCCUCCUGGCCUCCCGUGGGGCCUCUGCUCCUCCCAGAACCUGCCAGUGUCUCAGUAGCCUUAUGAUGAUUCACAGUUGCCUCUUUGCUAUACGCACAUGUGCACAAGUGUAUUAAACAGUUAAUCCAAAGGUCUCAUUCCCAA